UGAGAGCAGCGCCCGUCGGUCGGCUAGCUGCUUCUUCUCCACCAGCUAGCUAGCUAGCUAGCUCACCGCGAUGUUUUCUCAAGCAGCUAUGUGUUGACGGCUUAGCACGUCCAGGAGCAGUUCUGCAACCAAAGACUCAGAGGGAUGGAAGAAGGCUCCGGGGUGAUGGAAGAUAUUGUAUUUCGAGGAGUGGAAUUUUCUGUGAAGAUCGAGGUGGACAAAGGUUCGCUGAUAGUCGAAAUCGCCGACUCGAUGACAGCAGAUCAGUGGAGGGGAGAGUUUGAUCCAGCAUACAUUGAAGACCUCACUCGCAAAACUGGCAACUUCAAGCAGUUCCCUAUUUUCUGUAGCAUGUUGGAGUCGGCUGUUAGAAAGACGAGUGAUUCUGUUACACUUGACCUCUUGACCUAUGCUGACCUGGAGCUGCUACGUAACAGAAAAGCAGGAGUGGUCAGUCGUCCUCGUGCCAAUCAGCAGUCAUCGGCUCUCACUGCUAAAAGAUAUUUAAUCCUCAUUUACACUGUGGAGUUUGACAGGAUACACUACCCUCUACCUCUGCCCUAUGUGGGGAAGCCUGAUCCAGCUGCACUUCAGAAGGAGAUCAGAGCUCUCAGGGCUGAGCUCAGCACUCUCACCACACAUGGAACGAACAAAGCCGCAGAUCUAGAAAUACAGCGGCUACGAGCAGAGCUGGCUCUGGUGAAGCAGGAGAAGGAGGCCAUGGCGAAGGUUUUGGAGCAGCUCCAGAUGAGUGGAAGCGGUGCCACACCUGGACGAGAGGACUGGAGGAUCAGAGAUACGGUGAAGACGCUGGAGGAGCAGCUUGUCAAGGAGAGGGCCAAGAGCCAGCGCUCAACCAGCAAGAGAUGCCAGGAGCAGCGACUCCUAAUGGAGCAGCUGGAGGAGCUGAGAUCAUCAGAGUGUGCUCUCCGUGUUCGUGUCAAGAGUCUCACCAGUGAACUGGCGUUACUACGGAGAGGGUUAGACAAUCUAAGCAUCAGAGUGACUCCUGUUUCCGCUCACAUCAGCUCCCGAGUCGACGGGGAAAUCUAUCGCUCUCUUUCACGGGAGAGGAGGUCACCCUACGGGACACUGAGGGCUCGAUCAGGAUCGAGAGAACGGACAGAGGACCGAGGACAAAGGUUGAUGGACAGAGGAAGAAGGGCAGACUCCUCUGGACCACAUGCUCGCAUCCCCAGACCUUCACCUUCUCCCACUGGAUCACGGCCACCUCGCUUUGACCCAACCGCUUACAUCCAGGACCGACAGCGCAGACAGAAGGAGGCAGAUCUCAAGAAACAGAGGAAGGUGCGGAGGGACAUGCUGACGUCACCCAUUGUCCCCGAGAGAGGCCGUUCGCGUUCCAGAGAUGCCUAUCCUCAGGUGGCCCGCUCUGGCAGCAGAGGCAGGAGUUUGUCUGUGGAGCGCAGAAUCAGCAGGAACUCAUCUGAAAGCUCUUUAGUAGACAUGGAUGAAAUGGCCAAAACUCUGUGCAGAGGAAGAAAACUAAUUUACAACGGACCAAAUAUGUCCAGAGGAGGCCUUUUGACCAGAAAGCCAUUAUGCAGUACUCCAACACACAGAAUCAAAGACAAAGAAAGCUGCUUGGAUACAGGCGCUGAGCUGUCAGAGAUCGAUGCGAGGCUGCAGGCGCUUCAGGAAUACAUGAGGGACUUGGAUACGGGACACUAACCAGCUGCUGAAGACACAUCUGGAAAUGUUAGCUGACAACCGCACAGCGCUGAACUCAGAACAUCAGAUCUGAGGAACACAUCUUGAGUGAAACAUGAGUGACGGUUUACUGAACUACGUGUUCUUGGAAGAGAUUAAAACUUCCCCCGGAGGCUCCGACUUCCAGGAUUUCAGGAAACUACAGCCAUCACUGUGAAGGUCGUUGGACUACUGGUGGAUUAGAAUUAUUAUUUUUUUAAGAUUCCACAUUUAUAAUAAUUAAUUUAAAAUAUAAUUGUGUUUGAAUAUGAUGUUCUUUCUUUUUCUAUUUUAAUAAGUCUCACCAAACUGGUGCGUACAAAUGGAUGAAAUUUGGCAGUCAGUGUUUUACUUUAAUUCCUAAAAUGCUUGAGGUGUUUUUUUUCAUUUUAAAAAAUAUCUUUUAGACCAUGUGAGCAGUCUCAAGUCCAUUCAUGAUCACAAAACAUUUUCUACAAUUGAAACCAAGGUUGUGAUUCCUCAGUUAAUGUUUCGGUCUUUAUGCCCCCAGCUCCCACUGUGACAACUUUCAAAAAUGUCCAUGGGUACAAAUUUUGCACUCCUUAACCAAAGACUGUUAAACUUGUGAUGGACUGUUGUUUCUUCUGCCCAGUGCAUGCUGGGAUACACUCCAGCUCUGACUGCAUGCUUAUAACCAUGAGCUGGUGGUUUAAUGUCACUCCUGCCAAAUCUCCAUUUUCCAUCUUUGUGUUUAAUGUUCUCUUUCCUGCUUGACUUUGAACUGAACAUUAGCAGUGAAUCUUAAGCAUUGUAGCUGAUACCAUUACACAACUUUUAAUAGCUGACCCACGUUAGCAUUUUCUACUCUAAAAACGUAAUGUUCUAUUGAGGAAAUCCCAAACAGAUUCAAUAUUCUUGGAUAUUUGUGCGAGGGAACGGUAAUUCUCAUCAAAAACAAUAGUUUUUAACAGACUGAAUAUAUUUGUUUACACAAAUCCAUACCACUGUCAUGAUGACCAUGCAUGCAAGUGUAUGAACUCUGGCUUUUGAGAUACUGAAGCUGCCAAAUUUUUUAUGAAACGCUUCAUUUUAUUACGAGAACAGUGCACAACUAAAACUUAUAUAGCAGCUAAUUUACAUCUCUUGUCCCAGGGUUGUGUGUGCGCUCAGACUGUUACUAGAAUUUUUCCUGUCUAAUGCCUUUUAUACCACACAAAUAUAUAAUUUAUUAGAAAUA